AUGGAGUGGCUGGACGAGUACGAGAAGCUGGUGAUCAGGAUGAACACGCCGAGGGUGGUGAUCGACAACGCGGUGUGCCCCACGGCGACGCUCGUGCAGGUGGACAGCGCGAGGAAGACGGGGGUGCUGCUCGAGGCGGUGCAGGUGCUCGCCGACCUCGACCUGUCCAUCAACAAGGCGUACGUCUCGUCGGAUGGCAGGUGGUUCAUGGACGUAUUCCAUGUCACCGACCGCCUCGGCCGCAAGCUCACCGACGACAGCGUCAUCACCUACAUCGAGCAGUCUCUGGGGACGUGGAACGGGCCAGCGCGGCCGGCGGCGCUCGAGGGGCUGACGGCGCUGGAGCUGACGGGGGCCGACCGGACGGGCCUCAUCUCGGAGGUGUUCGCCGUGCUCGCCGACAUGGACUGCAGCGUCGUGGAGGCGCGGGCGUGGGCGCACCGCGGGCGCCUCGGCUGCCUCGUCUUCCUCCGCGACGAGGAGGCCGACACCGAGAGGAUGGCGCGCAUCGAGGCCCGCCUCGGCCACCUCCUCCGCGGCGACUCUGCCUCUGGCGGCGCCGUGGCCGCCGUCCCCGCCGCGACCGUCGCGCACGCCGAGCGCCGCCUUCACCAGCUCAUGUCGGCCGACCGCGACCAGGAGGAGCGCGCGUCGGAGUCCCCGACCCCCGCCGUGUCCGUCCAGAGCUGGGCGGAGCGCGGCUACUCGGUGGUCACCGUCCAGUGCCGCGACCGCCCCAAGCUGCUGUUCGACGUCGUCUGCACGCUCACCGACAUGGACUACGUCGUCUUCCACGGCACCAUCGACACCACCGGCGACCAAGCGCACCAGGAGUUCUACAUCCGCCACGCCGACGGGCGCCCCAUCCGCUCCGAGGCCGAGCGGCAGAGAGUGAGCCAGUGCCUCCAGGACGCCAUUGAACGGAGAUCACUAGAGGGGGUGAGACUGGAGCUGUGCACGCCGGACCGGCCGGGAUUGCUGUCGGAUGUCACGCGGACGUUCCGGGAGAACGGAUUGCUGGUGGCGCAGGCGGAGGUGUCGACCAAGGGCGACAUGGCCUCCAACGUGUUCUACGUCACCGACGCCGCCGGCCAGGCCGUCAACCAGAGCGCCAUUGAUGCCGUGAGGCAGAGGGUUGGCAUGGACUGUCUCGUUGCCAAGGAGGAGCACCGGCCGCAGCUCUACCAGAAGGCCGGGCCGGGCGUCCGUGACGACGGCAAUGGCGGCGGCGGUGGCGGUGGCAUUGGGCUGUUCUACCUUGGCAAUUUCGUCAGGAGGAACCUGGUCAGCCUGGGAUUGAUCAAAUCGUGCUCCUAGACAUGAAGCCGAGACACGAAGAAUCCAAAGAACUCAAAUUUCACCCAAGAGGAACCCAACAACACAACAAUCGUUCAUCUUGCUUGCUGCUACUGUACUGCAAUCCACACCAUAUAAGCUCCUGUGCAUAGGACAUUCUGAAACACAACAAGAAGGUGCAGAAGUGGUUGAAAGCUCUCAGCCAAGUCACAUUCAGAUAGAAGAAGCAAAAGAGCUGCAAGAAUGGUGAAAAAAACAUUCACAAAGAAGGAAUUCAGAUCAAGUUAAGCCAGGCAAGAGGGGAGGAGGAACAAGAUGAUACUAGACCACUAGAGUCUAUAGGCUUAAUUAGCAGUAGAAAAGUGUAGCUAUGUACAUAGAGAGAAUUUGAUGCUGUUUAGUACUAGUGUGUAGUGAGUGCAUUCAUGAUGUUCUUAGUAGGAGACACAGUAGACAAAAACAAUGGAAGCAAGGACGGUUUGUUAUCCUGUACUGUGCUGUUUUUCUGCCUUCUUUGGCAAAACAAAAUUCUUUGA